CAUUUUGUGCUCCAUUCCUCACCAUUUUACAACCAAAAAACACCAAAGCAAAGAAGUAGAAAGAGAGAAAUCAAAGAUGGGGAGAGGCAAGAUUGAGAUCAAGAGGAUUGAGAACUCAAGUAACAGGCAGGUCACUUACUCAAAGAGAAGGAAUGGAAUCAUGAAGAAAGCUAAAGAGAUUACUGUUCUUUGUGAUGCUAAAGUUUCUCUUAUCAUCUUUGCUAGUUCUGGGAAGAUGCAUGAAUAUUGCAGCCCUUCUACUAAGUUGAUUGAUAUUUUGGACCAAUAUCAGAAAACUUCUGGGAAAAAGUUAUGGGAUGCUAAACAUGAGAAUCUCAGCAAUGAAAUAGAUAGAAUCAAGAAAGAGAAUGAUAGCAUGCAGAUUGAGCUCAGGCAUUUGAAAGGGGAGGAUAUCACAUCUUUGCCUUACAAGGAGCUGAUGGCUUUAGAGGAUGCCCUCGAGAAUGGCCUUACCUGUGUCCGUGCCAAGCAGAUGGAUGUUCUUGAUAUGGCAAAGAAAAAUACGAAAUUCUUGGAGGAGGACAAUAAGCAACUCAAUUUCAUUGUGAAUCAACAGCAACUGACUUAUGAAAAUGUGAGAGAGCAUAUGGAUCACCACGGAUACCACCGAGCUGCUCGUGCCGACUUCAACUCGCAGAUGCCUUUCGCAUUCCGAGUGCAACCGAUGCAACCAAACUUACAAGAGAGGAUGUGAUGAACAUUGUGAGGGAGUUAAGGGCUGCAGUUAUCCAAUAGCUAAAGCUGCCUAUAUGAGCUAUAAGCUCAAAAAUGGAGGGGGUGCUUAGUUUCUGAAUGAUAAUAACUUUUAAGUUCUACGAGUAUUCCAGUGUUUGACAAUCUUAGUAAUAUAGAUAUCAACUAUGAAUUUGAUAUUAUGAACAAUUAUUGUGUCUACUUUGAGCAACUUAUAUGUCUCUAUGACUUUUACCA